AUGUCAAUGAAAUCAAAUUCAGCAUUUCAACGUCUUCAAACUGACUAUCGUCGUUUAAUUAAAGAUCCAAUACCAUAUUUAAUGGCUCAACCAUUAUCAUCAAAUUUAUUAGAAUGGCGAUUUGUUAUACGAGGACCAAAUGAUACACCUUAUCAAGGAGGAAUUUAUCAAGGAAAAAUUAUUUUUCCGUAUCAAUAUCCUUUUAAACCACCAAGUAUAUAUAUGUUAACACCAAAUGGAAGAUUUCAAAUAGAUAAAAGUUUAUGUUUAACAAUAACAUCAUAUCAUCCAGAUUCAUGGAAUCCAUCUUGGUCAAUUUCAUCAAUACUAAAUGGUUUUUUAAGUUUUAUGUGUGAUACAAGUUCAACACAUGGAAGUAUUCAAACAAGUUAUGCACAAAAAUGUAAAUAUGCUUAUGAUUCAUUAUCAUAUAAUAUUCAAGAUUCAAUUUUUUGUGAAUUAUUUCCUGACAUAACUGAAGAAAUAAAACAAAUAUUAAUUGAUAGAAUAAUAAAAACAACAUCAAAUAAAUCUCUAGUAAAUAAUUUCAAUCAAGAACAACAAUCAUUAAUUUUAUUAACAACAAAUAAUAAUAAUUCAAUAUCAACAUCUUGGUUAAAUAGUCUUAUUAAUAAUAUAAUGAUUAUUAUAUUUUUAACUGCAUUUGCUAUUUUAGUUCGAUUUAUUCUCAAUUCUACAAAUGACAUACAGUAA